AGGAGAGGAAAAUAUGUGUGCUAUGGUAAGGAGUUGGAGCGGCUGGCCGCCCGUCUGCAGUUUGCUUUUAAGCUAAGUAGCUGCAAUCGGGAAACCUCGCAGUAAGAUCGACCAGCUUCACAAGAAACGAUGAGCCACUAUUCCGACUUCCGCUUCCAAAUAUCCUCACACCGAGAGGUAGUGAAGGGGAUUUGGGAGACUCCUCCAUUCCCGUAUGUAGAUCCACAACUUCUAUACCGCACCCCGAUACCGAAUGAGCUUCAGCAGAAUUCGCCGGCAUAUUCAGCAGCCAUACCUCAGCAAUGGACAGCACAGUUAUUACCGAGCGGAGAGAGCAGGUUACCCGAGAAUGUGCCAGGACCGCCUAGCAGUUCGGAUCGGAUGAAUGCCGUUCAGCCAUUAGCACAUACCAAUGGAUUGGACCUCCCCGAUGAGCCUUGCAUGGACCGCAGGAUGGAAAGCCCGAAGCUUGAGGACCUGGAAGAUUAUGCCCAAGAACCGCAGGAUAUGCCAGUGGUGCCGAAUUCCCCUUCUUCCAAGGCGUUGCUUAAACCUAGUGCGAUGCGUCCAACAGGCUCGAAGGAUUCUUCAUUAUCUGCCACUGCUAAAUGGAAUAGCCGCAGAGGGGCCGUAGUAGGAACCACUGUGCCGCUUGCGGAGAGAAAAAGAAACGGGACCGAGGCCGCCAGGGAUCCCCUAGCCCCGGUAAAGAACAAAGUCAUGAAGAAGAAGCACACACCCCGCCAGGACUCUCCCGUUCCCAAGAAGACCAAAGCUCCGUAUAUCUUCCACUGCCCGUGGCCGAAAUGUGGUAAGAGCUACAACAGGCCUGGCAACAUGUUUCGCCAUGAAGAAUCGAGCCACAUAGAACUGACCAGAUGGAUAUGCGCCCUCAACGGACCAACCGAUCAAAUGACCGGAGAAUGUGUGUACUGCCCGUAUAGACAUGAUGAACCACUCCUGGAUACCGCGGAUGUUGCGGAUUCCCCCACGUUGGCCCAGGAUUCCUCAUCGGACCAAGACGCAAAGGAAAAGGACAUCCACAAGCCUACCUGGGAUUGCCAAUUCGAGGAAGAAACAUCCCAACCCGCCUGGCGAGAUGGCUGCGCGCGGCCAACUCCUCUCUUGGACCAUGUCCGGAGACUGGAUUCCACACCGGACGAAGCAAGUGGCCGUUUAUCAUCUGUUCCCGUCAUGCCCAAGGAUGGAGAUUCUCAAGUUCAGGGAUUGCCAGGAGUCCAGGAUAAGCCUUAUGGAGCGUGUCCGACUUUUACCACUCAGCCUACAGCCCAUACCUUAGCGACCACCAGCUCCAAUCGUAUGUAUACUCAUACGCACCCCGGGAUAUUAACCCCUUCUGGACGUUCAAGGAUAACAUGUUCCGAAAAAGAUGAAAGCCUUGUUGAUGCUAGCCCCUCGCACGGCAUGGAGAAGCCAAAGAAGCCAAGGAAGCCGUGUGGACGUGGGUGUGCGGAUAAGCCGGAGGAGGUUCGUUCGUUUGGCCGGAAGGAUAACUUUCAACAGCACAUAAACCACUGCCAUCCAUAUGUCAAGUGGGAUCCAGCUGACAAGAGCUGGACGCGGGAUGUCCCCCCGCCGGCGAAGUCGCGCUGUGGAUUUUGCAAGAGUGUGUUUACCGACUGGGCCGAACGGAAGCGCCAUCUCGCCGAGGAAUUUGUGAACAGGCGGAAAAUAGAGGAGUGGGAAGGGAAUGGGUUGGGCUUCGAGGAGAAUGAGGAGGAGAAGGGAGGUAACUUAUCAAACGGCCUCGAAUCACAGUGCCUCCCGUUUAAUGACAGUGCUACAGGAAUAACACGACAGUAAGACCUUUUCGGAUGACAGUCUUCUCCCAGAUACUUUGAGCACACAAAAACCCUGGUGGAGUUUGGCGGUGUUUAUUUUGCCAGGUCCAAUCUCGAUGGAGAUAUUUUCUUGUUUCUUAUUUCUCAUUACUUUCUUAUUUCUGUUGCUUUUUUUUCCCUUUUUCGUUUUCUUUUUCUUAGAACGGGACUACGUUUAUCGGCAAGCCUUCGGUAUGUUUGCGACGGGUUUUAUGGGUGAGUUUUGGGCGGAGAGGGCGUCAGGCCAGAUGUAAUUGGAGGUGGCACGGUCAUACAUACUAAUUUUGAACGAUGGACCUUUCCAACGUUGGAAUAGAAGCGAUCGUCCUCUGAAUUCUGAAUUCAAAUCGCCGCGUAUCCACCGGACUACCGGAACAGUCGAGGAGGAAUCCUUCUCCAACUCCAGUCACCCAAG